CACGAAUGCUAAAAUUAUUACUGUUUUAAAUUUAUUUAUAUAUCACACCCAUUUUAGAAAAAUAAAACGCGCUCCCUUUCAAUUGGCUACUUCGCAUGAAUUCAUAGGCUCCGCGAAAGAAAUAAAAAUCAAAAGUGGGCCCCACCAUAACUUACAUAAAAGCCCUCUGCAAUCUCGAUAUUAAUAAUUACAAAAUGGAACGCUGGAAUCUAGCAAUAGCGACCUGCUCCAACACGCCACCCACUAUUUCGCCGCUCAUAUAUUUCCCCUUUUAAGCCAAAACAUCACCGCCACGUAGACUCGUAGGCCCUACACCUAACCCACAACAUUCAUCGUCCGAUCCACAGAUCCCAAUCCAACGGCUGACCACCACUAUCGCAUGCGUAUCUACGACAAUGACUCCCGCGGGGGCUCCGCCGCCUGAUUUAAGACGAUGAAAUCCAACGGCCAUCAACACUUAAUAAGGAAAACGACAGUAUAGCCCAAAGCCCGACCGCGCCCACCACCGGUGGGAGCCGUACGACUACUUGCGCAGGAUCUCGCCCUCCCGCUUCUGACACGUAGCAGGCCGAGUGGCGGGGACCGCAGCUCCCAUACGGUUACAAAUUUAGAUCCAUUCUCUCCUCCCCUAUUUCAUCCUACGCUUCCUCUUCUCUACUCACACACUACACAGAAAAGUAAGCUCCAAACAAAGCCAAAAACCAAAACCCUAACCCUAAAGAUUUUAACUAUGUCGCCGGCUCUCAGCCUCUUCUCUCCCACAAAGUCUGAACAUGCCGUAGAAUUCGAGGUUGAAGCUGCUGCAGCCGGGGAGGCCAAGCCCAAAUCGAGGCGCGGUGCCAGGCCGCCUGCUCCGAAGAAACCGCCACAGCGAGGCCUAGGAGUGGCACAGCUGGAGCGUCUUCGGCUGCAGGAGAGGUGGAAAAUGAUGAACGACGCGAUGGAGCCAACUGUUUCACUUCCGCUCUACGAUCUAUCGGCGGUCACGCGAUUCGGUGGAGCCUGGGUUGAUGCUCAUUCACUGACGCCGAAAGCUGCGUCAUCGCCACCCCAGGCAUUUCCAGCUUUUCUUUAUCUCCCGCGCUGCAGGUCAGGGAUUCAAAUAGCCGGCGGAGGCUACGGGACGUUUCCGGCUAGUCGACCAGCAUUGCCUGAGCAGUACGGGCUUGAUCGGUUCCAGUUCGGGGCCGGAAGCCCUUCUUUAGAGCCCCCUUCAAACCAAACCUCGCCGCUGUGCUUCUCGAGCCAAUGCGAGUUCUGCAUUCGUGAACAUGUUGUAGCCAAUGGUAGUCGGCGUCAAAUGGAGAGCAGUGGUUGGCGCCUGCAAGAGCUGCAAGCGUUGGCCGAAUCAUCGGUGAAGAAUAAAAGAUUUUAG